ACUGUACCCGCCCCCUUCCCCCAGCCCGCCUUCUUUGAUUUCUGAGAAGAGGAGAUGUCGGCACUCGGCAGCUGGAGAGAAAAGAGUGAUGUGUAUGUAAUUUAAGCACAAGAUGUCCAAGUACCUGAAGCAUUUCACCUCUGUUGGUGACAAGCAAAAUGAUAAACCAUAUCAUGAAGAAGAUGAGGAGAAGCAGCCAGAGCCAGAAGAAAAACCUGCAACGCCUCACCCAUUUACGUCGUCCUACACUUUCCGGGAUGCCCUAAAAUGGCUUUUUGGCUGUCACAAGUUUCAUAUUGUCAUUGUGUGCCUUGUUAUUCUGGAUGCCUUAUUUGUGCUAAUUGAAGUCCUUCUCGACUUGGAACUCUUGGUGGACAAAGUUGACCAUAUUAUACCAGAGAUCUUUCACUACCUGAGUAUUUCCGUCUUGUCGUUCUUCUUGUUGGAAAUUGUGGGUAAACUGUUUGCUUUCCGGCUUGAAUUUUUCCACCAUAAGUUUGAAGUUUUUGAUGCAGUGAUUGUUAUAAUAUCGUUUAUUAUUGACGUCGUCUACGUAACCCGGGAAGAUGUAUUCAGUGCAGUUGGGCUGCUCAUUUUACUCCGGUUGUGGAGGGUAGCCAGAAUUGUGAAUGGUGUCAUUUUGUCUGUGAAAAGUCGAGCAGAAGAGAAGAUCAACAAGUUAAAGGAAAAGCAGGAGACUCUACUGGCCAGAGUAUUUCAGCUGGAACAGCAGUGUUCCCAGCAGGAGCAAGAAAUUGGAAGACUUCAGAAAGUAUUGCAGCAAAAUAACAUUUUCCCUGAACCCUAUGAGCCCAACAUACCCUGAAGAAAACAAAUGCUAUAAGAGCACCUAUCUGAACGUUGUCUGUUGUGGUUGUGUCCUUAAUAUGAAACAUGUAAAGUUAUGCUUGAUUUUAUAUUGAUUAAUCUUUCGGAAUAUAAAUAUGUACAUUUUUAAUAAAUAAAUGAUUUUGUACACACUUUUAUAAUCAAAUAUUCUUUAUCUAAAAUAAAGGCUUGAUGGGCCAGCCACCAA